AUGGGCGACUUCGCCCCCAACUGGCCUUUGGUGAAUGUUCCCAGGGAGAAUACUCCCAGUGAGAAUGCUCCCAUUGAGAUUAAUCCCAUUGAGAAUGUUCCCAAAGAGACGGAGCCAAAUCAUAAGGGAAAAGGCACGGAAACGGAACCAGGUCCAACGACAUCAGAUGGCACUCUAGCGCAAUCGGGAGAAACGUCCAAGCCCGACCCCACGACCACGACUACAACUACGACAAAUGCAGACAAAGCCUCUCCUAAGGGAUCCAAGACAGUGAGCGACGAGUCGCAGCAAGUAACAUCGGAGAUACCGGCCCCGGGUACCGAUGGCACGACCGUCUCGACGCAGACGCAGACAGCGGACGGAUUGUUGACGUACACGGGCACCAUAGAACCAACCUCGAUCUCGGCCUCAGCUUUAACUUCAACCUCAACCUCAGCACCAACCCAAAACUCGGCCACAGACGGCGGCUCAUCCUCGAGCGGAGUUGCCUCUACAAAGACCAAGAUCGCCAUCGCCGUUCCAGUCGGCGUCGUCGGCCUAGCCAUCAUCCUAGCUUUCAUUAUUCUCGGCUGCCGUCGCUCCAAGCGCCGCCAGCGCGCCAACCGAUCUCUUCAUAACAUGGCCCAACCUACCACCUCUACUCUCCUGCCCGGGCCGGGCUCCACCUCUCAGCUUAUGGCCGCGGGCAAGCUCAGUUCCCCAGAGCCGGCGGCUGUACCUAUCCGUCAACAAAAUUUCUCGGUCCCCACUGCACCGCAAAGCCGCGAUGCAAGCCCCCGUUCCGUGCCAGCUGCGUUGACCCCAGGCUCGGCACGAGACCUCUCGUCUGCUUCGAAUCAGGAUCUGGGCAUUCCGGCAGGUGCCGCUGCUGCGGGUGUGGCAGUUACGGGGGAACAUCGCCGCAGCACUUCCGGACUACAGCGCAGCUACGAGGCCAUGCGUGGCACAACCCCAUCAUCUCGAAGUCCGCCUCUACCUUCACCUCAAAGUCAACCCCGUGUAUCAGAAUCAUCAGACCCGCACUUCGUACUACGCCGUGGACCGACCCAGCGUAGCGGCGUCUCCGAAGUCUCCGACGGGAUAGAUGGCGGCGAGCGAGAUCUGGAUGACAUGUCGUCCGUCUCGUCGUUUGAUGAGGGUAGCCCGCGCUCACCUCGCGGCCCGAACCGGUUUCUUGGUCGCUGA